CCAUGGCCCACCUGUCGAUGUCUUUCCUGAACUUCAUCCAUUCUCCCCUUCCACUUCAGCCGGACUAUAACAAGUCAACCACUCCCAGCUUCACUUCAUCACUUCCAGUUCCAACACAUAUUCAGAAGAAGUAGACGACAGGAUGGCGGCAAUUCCAAUUCCUACUCGUCAGCUGUACAUCGAUGGAUCCUGGAAGCUCCCCAUCCUCAACAAAUGCAUCCCGGUCAUCAACCCUUCCACUGAAGAGAUCCUUGGUGAUAUCCCAGCUGCUACUGCCGAAGAUGUCGAUGUGGCAGUCGAAGCAGCCCACAAAGCUUUUUAUAGAAACAGAGGCAAAGAUUGGGCCUUUGCCUCUGGUGCUUCUCGUGCAAAGUAUCUGCGAGCAAUUGCUGCUAAGGUAGUGGAGAAGAAACCUCUGCUUGCGAAACUUGAAUCAAUUGAUUGUGGGAAACCGUACGAUGAAGCAGCAUGGGACAUGGAUGAUGUUGCUGGGUGCUUUGAGUACUAUGCUGACCUUGCAGAAGGCCUCGAUGCGAAGCAAGGGGCUCCGGUUUCCCUUCCCAUGGAAACAUUCAAGAGCCAUGUUCUCAAGGAGCCUAUUGGGGUUGUUGCAUUGAUCACUCCUUGGAAUUACCCAUUAUUGAUGGCCACAUGGAAAGUGGCUCCUGCUCUGGCUGCCGGGUGCACUGCUAUACUGAAGCCAUCUGAGCUUUCAUCUUUGACCUGCUUGGAGCUCGCUGCAAUUUGCGAAGAGGUUGGUCUACCCAGUGGUGUACUCAACAUUCUAACUGGCUUGGGGCCUGAUGCGGGUGCUCCUUUGGCGGCUCAUCCCAAAGUUGACAAGGUUCAAUUAUCUGCUAUGGGUCUCGUCCUUAUUGCAUUCACUGGGAGCUCAGCCACUGGAAGUCGUAUAAUGACUGCUGCAGCACAAUUAGUCAAGCCUGUAUCUAUGGAGCUUGGUGGGAAGAGUCCAAUUAUUUUGUUUGAAGAUAUAGAUCUUGAUAAAGCUGCUGAAUGGACCGUCUUUGGAUGCUUCUGGACGAAUGGACAGAUCUGUAGCGCUACAUCCCGACUUAUUGUACAUGAAAGCAUAGCGGCUGAGUUUCUUGACAGGCUUGUCAAAUGGGUAAAAAACAUCAAAAUAUCAGAUCCUCUGGAAGAAGGUUGUAGGCUUGGUCCAGUUGUUAGCGAAGGGCAGUAUCAGAAAGUUAUGAACUUCAUCUCAACCGCCAAGAGUGAAGGUGCCACUAUUUUAACGGGUGGCACUCGCCCGAAGCAUUUAAGUAAGGGAUUCUUCGUUGAACCAACUAUUAUAACUGAUGUGACCACCUCCAUGGAAAUAUGGAGAGAGGAAGUUUUUGGUCCUGUUCUCUGUGUCAAAACAUUUGGCAGUGAAGAUGAAGCCAUUGACUUGGCAAAUGACAGCGAAUACGGCUUGGCUGCUGCCGUGAUCUCGAAUGACGAGGAGAGGUGCGAUCGUGUGAGCAAGGCUAUUCGGGUAGGCUGUGUUUGGGUGAACUGCUCGCAGCCAUGUUUCUUUCAAGCACCAUGGGGUGGCAUCAAACGCAGUGGGUUUGGACGUGAACUCGGAGAAUGGGGACUCGACAAUUACUUGAGUGUGAAGCAAGUCACCAAGUAUAUCUCGAGUGAUCCGUGGGGCUGGUAUCAACCUCCCCCGAAGCAGUGAGGAAUUCUUGGAGCAAUUGAACUGCUACUGCACGUCUGCACCUACCAAAACAACUACUACAAUAAAAGGAUGCAAUUAUGCUAGUUAAGUUGGCUGAGUGGCAAAUUCUGAGUGGUGCUUGUGAAGUGAAGAAUGUGUUUGAAUGUAAUCAUGUUAAACCCAGCUAAAGUAUCGAACUUUUCGUUCAGGUCAGCGACCACUAUCUAGCAUUGUACUGGAAGAUUUGGCAGAAUAGCAUUAUACCAAACUCAGGCCUUGAGACACUGUAUUUUGAUAUAUAAUCUAUUCAAAAUGUCAACUGUGUGUACAUAAUUUCAAUUCCUGUCUCGUAUUAGUCAUCUCGUCAUAUACCUAAAAAGGGUC